CUGACACCUGGACGAUAUCAAAUAUGGAAAGGUUCCAAGAACUUGACAAGGAGCGCGCUGCGAUUGAUGCGGAAAUCCAACUGAUUGCAGAGGAGCUGACCUCAGGACCCAACCCAAUCGGCCUGAAGGGACCUCUCGUGGACGAAGAAGGGUUUCCCCGGUCCGAUAUCGAUGUAUAUACGGUGCGACACAAGCGACAUCGCUUUGCAUGUCUUCAGAAUGACCUCAAGUGGAAGAUGAAGGAAAUUGAAGACGUCAUGACAAGCAUUUACGCUGAGCAGAAGGCGCAGCAACCUCCCACGUUGAAGCAACCAAAUUCCACUGCCAAAGGGACCCUCUCCCACAGCACCGUCCAUGCGAUCGAAGCCAAUAAAGGUACCGCUCUGCCAGUGAAGCUGCUAGGAAAUUCAGGAGUGGACUCAGCUAUACCAUUCGCUCGUGUCGAAUCCAUCCAAGAUGGUUCGCCAUCCAGCGAAGCCGGCCUUCAAGUUGGCGACCUCAUUCUCCAAUUUGGAACAGCUAAGGCCGAAAAUCAUCGAGAAUUGGCUGCCAUCCGAGAUAUUGUUGGCCGCAACAUCAACACGACGAUUGAAGUCAUUGUGCAGCGGCAGCCCACAGCGGAUCUCUAUCUUCUCUCCCUCGUUCCGCAUUCCUGGAAUGGGCCAGGUGUCUUGGGAUGCCAUAUCGUGCCCCUCCAUGUCUAAUACAUUCCCCUUGCUUCCUUCGCCUUCCUCAA